UCCGAGUUUUCAUUUCGUGAGGGUUUUUAGGGUUGGCCCGUGCGUCAUGAAGUAGUUUAUUGUAAAUUUGAUAUGUUGUAAAUUUUUAUCUAAUGUGCUAUACAUCUUUUGAAGCUCUAUAUCUAUCCACACAUGGGUUUUUGAGCUUGGAGAUUCCACAAUGGAUGUGCCAUUAAGAGCUGUUCCUGGCCGCAGAUGCAAAGUUCUGUUCAGCUAUCAGCCGGCCAAUGAUGAUGAGUUGGAGCUGCAGGUCGGCGAUCUCAUAGACAUCCUAUCAGAGGUGGAGGAAGGAUGGUGGCGAGGAAAGUUAAAUGGACAGGUCGGAGUGUUUCCCUCCAAUUUUGUCUCCGAGGUGUUUGAUGAUGAGGCCGGUCUUAAGGAGGCUUCACACCGCAAGACUUCAAAGAGCAGUCUGGACUCUGAAGGCUCUAAAGCUUCCAAUGCCAGCACCAUGAACCAUGAGGAGUCUACGUCACACAGUGCAGCAGACGUACCUCAACUACCACCUAAACCUAUGAAAGAGCUGUGUAGAGUUAUGUUCCCUUACGACGCAGUCAACGACGACGAGUUGACGUUGAAGGAAGGUGACAUCAUUACCAUAAUCAGCCGGGACGGUCAAGACAAGGGGUGGUGGCGGGGAGAACUCAAUGGAAAAGUCGGUGUAUUCCCAGACAACUUCAUACAAGUCAUCACUGCAGAUGAGUCAAAGCCAGCUCGACCCCCAGCAAAGACGAACAUUGUAACAACCAACAGAGUGAAAGAUUCCAUCACUCGCCCCUCCACCACUGCACCACAGACCACAUCCUCGCGUAAAUCCAUCGAACUGCCUCCUAAACCAGAUGAAAAAACAAGUCCUCCUGGUAUUAGCAAGAAACCCCAGUUGCCCCCUCCACCACUCAAAAAGCCACAACGAAGCCCAAGCGGGGCGUCCAGCACCAAGACACUGGUAACAGAGACAAAGCCCACCAACACUGCCACCACCCCCACCAAGCCUCCGGACAGCUCCACCAACCCUGUGAGCAUGGCAAGAAUACCACUGACACCAUUAACGUUCUCUCUGAAGCAAGCCUCAACCUCGGACGAUGCAGACGGAGGUUGCCUUAGUCGCAGCUCAGGGUCGUUCACUCCCUCGCAUGUGGCAGAACCUGAGCCUGAUGUGGACCUGGACUGUGUCGGUCGCACGGCCAUGCUGACACAUCCCACCGCCAGUCGCGUGCGGGCACCUCGGCGCAGACCUCCCUCUGGCAUACCUGUCAAAGAGAGUGGGGAGUCUACAGGGCUGAUGAAUGGUAAUGCAGAGCCCCACUUGAACUUGGUAGACGAUAAAACCAGCAACAAGGCCCCAUGGGUAGAGGAGCUGAAGAUGAACCAAGCGAAGAAAAACUCAGCCCAAGGUCGUACUCGUGUGAUGAUCAGUGGGACAAGUGAGUCAGUGAGUCCUGAGCCACAGAAGGUGUCCCCGGUGACACUGCGGGGCCAGACAGCGGGGCAGACAGGAAGCAGACCACAGAGUAUGUUUGGUGGACGCUCCUUCAGUCUCAGCCCCUCUCCUUCUUCUCCAGACACCAUCACAGUGUCCAACAAGCAGUGGAGUGAGCUAAACGAAAAGGUUCAAAGGUUAGAGUCGAAACUAGAGGCUCAACAAGAGGCGUUUAUCAAAGCCAUCAAAGAGCUGUCUGCCAAACUUUCAGAAGAAUCUGAGAAGAGGUCAGUCAUGCAAGCAGAGAUAGAGAAAUUAACCACAUUUAUAACCCAAGUUUGAGACGACCAACUUGUAGGUGAAUAUAUACAUGUCACAUUCCGUAAAGGUUGUUCAAUUUGUAUUCUACUACAGUGGUUUUUUAGUGAAAACUCAUAAAGCUGUAAACAUUUUUCCACGUCAAUUGGAGUUUAUAGUUUUCUUUUUGCUUUAAAUGUGAUAAAAAUUUACUUUCAAGUUUCUUUAACAUGUUUGCUGUGGUGGAAUGUAAGUACUUUGCAAAAAACUUGAAGCUUUUUCUUUAUUUAGGUAGAUUAUCAACAUUUUUUUACAUCACCAAAACCAACAAUAGUUACUUGUGUUACUAGUGGGCGAAGUGGCACUUUGCUACACACGCGAGAUAUGUUUACCCACGAGCCAUAGGCGAGUGUGGAAAGUUUCUCGAGUGCAGCAAGGCAGUUUGCACUUGUGUUACGCAUUUUAUUUUUCCCACAGUUACUAUAAAUCAUAUAAAUAAUUAUUAUUUAUUAACUGACUAUGCUAUAAACCUUAGCAGUUGUAUGACUUUGUCAAUAAUUUGUGAAAAUUCUAAGGACAAUAAACACAUUUAAUUUAAUUUCAUUUCAAAAGAAGAGAAAAUGCGGGGUAAUAGAUUUUUAACCGGAGAAAAUUUAUAUGCCACUAGCUGGCCCGAUAGACGUUGUCCUUUUCUAAUGUGGUUUUAUGUCAAAUGCUCGUUCAUUUUCAUGAUGGGCUCGUUCACAUCGCUCAAUCACGUCCUGGUUGAAGUUUGUUUGCUACGCUCACUCACCUUUGUUUGGAGCUCGUUGGCUGCUCUCACUCGCCUUCAGGUUUAGCUUGUUCGCCUCCAGGUUGAAGUGAAUGAGCUAAUAUAAAGGCAAUUUUUUUUUAAUUUUAAAAAUCAAAUUACUAAAUAACGUUUGGAUGGAUUAUACAUUUCCUUAUAUAAAAACCUUCCCCUGGCACUAAGAAACACGACAAAAAAAAAGAAUCAUCCAAUUCGGUGCACUCGUUCUCGAGUUAUGGAAUACCAUUAAAAAAAGGGAUUCAUUUUUAUUUAUAUAGAUAGAAGAGAGAACAUUUUUGCGUACCAACCAAUUGAAGUUAGUAUCUUUGUUUACUCAGUUACAUAAUAAUACAUGACCUAUGACCUUCCUUCUAAUAUGACAGCUGAAAGACUGCCAUGAGUUUAUUAAUAUACAUGAGGUAAUUAAUUAACCAAGCAAACAUGUUAAAUAUUGAGAAAAUCAUUUGCCAAUAAAGUUGUGUAAGUUUUAGACAAUAAUUUGGUUUUUUCAUUCCUAAGCUGUUAUAUUCAAUUCAUAAAAAGUGUUAAAACCAAUAGCUUUUAUUUAUCAAGGAUGUGAAUGAGUUUUACUGUCUCACCUUUGAUGACCAAAACAGCACAAAUAAGUCAUAUGAAGUUUUUACUGAGGAAAUCCACUGCAGUGUAACAAAUUAUUUGUAAUUUUUUAAGUAAAAUUUUAUAUUGAAAUAAAUUUUGUAACACAUCAUUCCAAUUUAUGUAUUAGAAUUUGAUAAAGCUAUUGAAAUGUACAUAAUACCUUCUGUAUCCAUAGUCAAUGAUAAUACACAAUUAAUUACAUACUAUCUAUACCGAUACUUCUAACUUGACAAUAGGGGUUUUUUUAGAAACGUAAAACUGAAUACAAUAAAUAAAUCAAUGAUAGAGAGAGUUGACUUUUGCACAAAUAACUCAUUAGGGGUUUUAAUAAUAAUUAAGGUUGUUUUUUUAUUUUAAUCAUUUGCUUUCAGAAUAAGAUUUUGUUUCGUUUCAGUGCCAAGUUGUUUAAUUUUCCUUUUUUGUGUUCAAAAAAAUAAUUAUAAGAACAAUUUGAUCACAUUUAAUUUAGAGCGUAGUAUUUAGAAAAUAAACAACUCAUUUGCAUUGUGUGUCUAAUAUUAAUCAAAUACAACGCCACUGUAGUAUAUUUGUAAUUCAAUUGUAAAUAUUUAUACAAUACUAUACGUAAAUGUAUUUUUGGUUUAACGAUUAUUGUACUUAUCUUUUUUUAACAAAUUAUUUUACCAUUGUCAUCAAUGUUGCCAUAAUGUAAAGUAGCUAUAUUUAUUUGGAUUGUAUAAUAUAUCUAUCUAAGGAUAUGGUUUUAAUGUUAUUUAUUUUAGUAUCAUUUUAUAAUUCUUGAUAGUGUAGAACCUGUAUUUUUUUAUAAAAUGUAUUUUACAUUCCUCAGACUUUUUGUACAUUUAGGACUGAGAGUGUUUGGUUCUAAGGCAUUCUUUGUCUUUUUGGACAAUUUAUGACAGAUUUGUAACUGAUUUAGGUGACACUUACAUUUUUAAAAUUGCUGGAAUCAAUUGACUUUAUCAUUUAUAUCCAUAAAACAGUUUUCAGCAUUGUUUUACAUCAAAAUAUAUUAAUUAAUCAUUUAAUUUUUCAUUCAAGAACAUUCCAUGUCCAAAGCUUUUAAUUUGUAUUUAUAUGUCUUCAAACAUCAGAAUGUGAAUAAUUUUGGUUCAACAGUUAAUAAUUAAUUAUAGAAGAAAAAUUACUUAUAACAGUUAUGUCCAGUGGAAGUAGGUACCAGUAUCUUUAUAGUAUGUAAUGUACCAUAUUAUAAAGAUUCUUGAUAUCUCUCUGGAAAAAAUAAUGAUAUCUUUUAAUAUACAUAAACCGUUGUUUUUAUUAAUACAUCAGUGAAAUACUUGAACAUAAAUGCACUGAAAAUACCUUGUACAUCAAAAAUCACAUUAUAUUACAACCUAUUUGGUUUUUUUGGGUUUUUUAUAUUGACAAAAUUAUUGACUACUUCAAAUAAAAAUUUGGCUAUUUAUAACCAGAUAUUAAUUAACCCUGGAAAGAAAUGUUUUGUACUCAAUGUUUUUUUUUCAUGAAUAUUAUUCAAAAACAAAUAUUAAUUAAGGUAGGCUAAUUAUUUUUUUUAACCUGGAUUGUAAAUACUAAGAUAACGCAAAAUCAAUUUUGUCUCAUUAUUUUAAACAUUUACAACAAUUCCUUAAAGAUUUAUAUAUCGUGGAAUGGACUUGCAAUAUUUUCUUAUGCUUAAGCCAUUCAAAUUUCUCCAUAUAUUUCACCUUUAGCAGUGUAGGAUCACCUAAUUUAAAACAUGGUGCUAAUUUUGUUCCAUACAUUUACAUAAUAUUGAUACUGCAUCACUUGAUUGUAUUUAAUAUGCGAUAGUUCCAUAAUUUAAAGUAAUGUAGUAUUUAAAGCUAAAUUAAACUGUGUGUUUCUUAAGCUGAAAGUACUUUUUCCAUUUUAUGGUGCUGUUGGUAAUUUUAACAAGAGUUAUGUCUUGUUAAGUUGAAGUACAUUGUAUGGAAAUAUUUAUGCCUUAGAUAACUUUUACCUAAUAAACAAUUAUUUUUCUUGCCAGUAAACUUAUAUUAAAUACUCCUUAAGUCAAAAUGAAAAUGUGAUUGAUGUGAACAAGUUUGGUUUUUUUCUAAAUCAAGUCAGCAAAAAGAUCAUACUCCAAAAAAGGCUGUGGAGUUUCAAUUUCGUAUUAAGAAAAUUGAAAUAUCAUUCAUUCAAGGGCUGAAAAACCUUUAAAUCAUUAACUGUUUUUGUUGCAUUUAAUAUUUUAAGGAAAAUAUUUCAUUUGGAACGCUUUUUUAAAGCUAAAGCAUUUUAAGGGUAUGUGCAAUCAAAUUGCCAAAUCGAUUUACAUGUCAAACUGUAAGCUCAAUUUAAUAGUUUAAAAAUAAUUCUCUUAGUAUAUUUAUUUUGUUAUACGUAACAUAAGAAAACCAUUAUUGGUUAUGGAAAUUGCAUGUGAAAAUCAACUGAAAUUCCACUAGGUUAUUCUACUAGUGUCCGUCCCUGAGGACCGGCUAGAUAUGAAACAACUUGUGUAGGAUGUGGUUGUGCUUACGUGUGGGGCCUUAGAAUGCUAUUCUACAUUUUAAUUAUAUGUUUACUUCUAAAGGGUUUGAAAUCAGUAUUAAAACUGUUAAAGAAAAGUAAAUAAAAUGUUAUGUUUUGUA